CUCCUGCUGGCACCGCCCUCCGCCAACAACCACAUACACCAUCGUACUACUACGAUUAUUCCUCCUUCUCUCGAUUGUUCUUGCUAAAAUGGGUAGCCAGGCUGUUCUCGUAUACAGAACUCACGUACAGUGGCCCCACCGGUUGACACCUUCCCUGCCUGGAAUCCAGACUCCCAGAGACUUGCCUUGACCGUCGCGAUUCGCUAUUGCACUUUCCAAAACGUGGGACAUGUCGGAGUGGCCGGGAAACUAGGCCUAUUAACCGAAUCCCAUCCCAAACUCUCCUACUUGCAUUGGAGUCUGUCAUUCAAGACCUGGGGGUUUACGAUUACUGCCCUUUCAUAUCCGUCGUUGUUGUUCGGAACCCACCAUGUCUGCUGAUUUCCCGUGCUCACCUCGCUCAACAUGGGUUCCGGCUCCCGGAGGAGGCCCAUGGUCAUUGACUCCGAGUCCGAUUCCGAUGUAACGAUUGUUAAAUCCGCCUGGAAACCGAUCGUCAUCGAGUCCGACGAUGACGGCCACCCUCCACCCAAGAAGGAGCAACUUCGCCCUUCGAUCAGGGAGACCAUGGAGGUCGACUCGAAGCACGCCACUUCGAACGAGAAGGGGCGCUUUCAGCAGUCCGAUUCCGAUAAUGCCAGGAAGAGGAUGUUCAAGAUAGAUUCCGAAGACAGUCUUUUUAUCAAGGAGGAGUUUACCCUUGAUUCUAAGGACCACGAUCGCUCUUGGAUGAAGACGGAGGUUUCCCAGCAGUUCGAUCCCGACGAAGAGCCAUUGGCUAAGAAAAGGAUGGUUAAGCUCGAAAUCGACCACAAGCCCCUCGUGAGGACGGAGGUUUCCCCGCAGUUCGAUCCUGGUAAUGAACGUCCGGCCAAGAAGAGAAUUCUCAAGGUCGAUAACGAUGACAAGUCCCUCGUGAAGAUGGAGGAACGGCAGCCCACAACACAUUCAACGCCCGGUCAAGAUUCGCAUUCAACCGAUUCCGUAUCGACUGAACCGAUCGAUCCUUCGUACAGAAUGGGCAUCAAGCGCAGUUUCAAAACGAUGGGCGGAGAGUGGAAAGAUUAUUGGAUGCAAGCGGCCGGAGUGGAAUUUUUUAACGGGCGAACUCGUUGUACGAUCAUUUGCGCGGUGUGCCAAAAGAGGUGACCAGGAACACGGCGCGCCGCUCGUACACUGACCCGGUGUCUCCGUACCUGAAGGAGAAAAGGUUGAGGAAAUUAUGUUAUACUGGUGACUAAUAAGUCGGACAAGAACCGCCUCACUCGCUCUGCCUCACUACACGAAGGGCCAGCAACACAUCUUAUUUGGGUUGAAUUGAUUUAUCACAACAGAUUUUGGUCCUGAACAGUCGAUAUGGUGGAGGGCUUAUGUGGUGGCUAUGAGGGCGUGUCUUUGAGGAGAUGGCAUGGCAGUCAACAAUAUAGCAGUACACAAU